GGAGAGUGGGCUGGAGGCCGGGGCGGGACGCGCUGUGCAGCGAGCAUGGAGGGGGACCGGGUGGCCGGCCGGCCGGCUCUGUCGUUACCAGUGCUACUGCUGCUGCUGUUGCUAAUGUCGCGGGCCGCGGCGCUGCACUCAGACGAGCUUUUCCCACACGGGGAGUCGUGGGGGGACCAGCUCCUGCAGGAAGGCGACGACGAAAGCUCAGCCGUGGUGAAGCUGGCGAAUCCGCUGCACUUCUACGAAGCCCAAUUCAGCAACCUCUACGUGGGCACCAACGGCAUCAUCUCCACUCAGGACUUCCCCAGGGAAACUCAGUAUGUGGACUAUGAUUUCCCCACCGACUUCCCGGCCAUCGCCCCUUUCCUGGCCGACAUCGACACGAGCCACGGCAGAGGCCGAGUCCUGUACCGAGAGGACACCUCCCCGGCAGUGCUGGGCCUGGCCGCCCGCUAUGUGCGCGCUGGCUUCCCGCGCUCUGCGCGCUUUACCCCCACCCACGCCUUCCUGGCCACCUGGGAGCAGGUGGGCGCUUACGAGGAGGUCAAGCGCGGGGCACUGCCCUCGGGAGAGCUGAACACUUUCCAGGCAGUUUUGGCAUCUGAUCGGUCUGAUAGCUACGCCCUCUUUCUUUAUCCUGCCAACGGCCUGCAGUUCCUUGGAACCCGUCCCAAAGAGUCUUACAAUGUCCAGCUUCAGCUUCCAGCUCGGGUGGGCUUCUGCCGAGGGGAGGCUGAUGAUCUGAAGUCAGAAGGACCAUAUUUCAGCUUGACUAGCACUGAACAGUCUGUGAAAAAUCUCUAUCAACUAAGCAAUCUGGGGAUCCCUGGAGUGUGGGCUUUCCAUAUCGGCAGCACUUCCCCGUUGGACAAUGUCAGGCCAGCCGCAGUUGGAGGAGACCUUUCCGCUGCCCACUCUUAUGUUCCCCUGGGACGUUCCUUCAGCCAUGCUACAGCCCUGGAAAGUGACUAUAAUGAGGACAAUUUGGAUUACUACGAUGUGAAUGAGGAGGAAGCUGAAUAUCUUCCAGGUGAACCAGAGGAGGCAUUGAAUGGCCACAGCAGCAUUGAUGUUUCCUUCCAGUCCAAAGUGGAUACAAAGCCUUUAGAGGAAUCUUCCACCUUGGACCCUCACACCAAAGAAGGAACAUCUCUGGGAGAGGUAGAGGGCCCAGAUUUAAAAGGCCAAGUUGAGCCCUGGGACGAGAGAGGGACCAGAAGCCCAGCUCCACCAGAGGUAGACAGAGAUUCACUGGCUCCUUCCUGGGAAACCCCACCACCGUACCCCGAAAAUGGAAGCAUCCAGCCCUACCCAGAUGGAGGGCCAGUGCCUUCGGAAAUGGAUGUUCCCUCAGCUCAUCCUGAAAAAGAAAUUGUUCUUCGAAAUUACCCUGCUUCAGGUCACACUACACCCAUAAGUCAAGGGACAUACGAGGUGGGACUGGAAGACAACCUAGGUUCCAACACCGAGGUCUUCACGUAUAAUGCUGCCAACAAGGAAACCUGUGAACACAACCACAGACAAUGCUCCCGGCAUGCCUUCUGCACGGACUAUGCCACUGGCUUCUGCUGCCACUGCCAAUCCAAGUUUUAUGGAAAUGGGAAGCACUGUCUGCCCGAAGGGGCACCUCACCGAGUGAAUGGGAAAGUGAGUGGCCACCUCCACGUGGGCCAUACACCCGUGCACUUCACUGACGUGGACCUGCAUGCUUAUAUCGUGGGCAAUGAUGGCAGAGCCUACACGGCCAUCAGCCACAUCCCACAGCCAGCAGCCCAGGCCCUCCUCCCCCUCACACCAAUUGGAGGCCUGUUUGGCUGGCUCUUUGCUUUAGAAAAACCUGGCUCUGAGAACGGCUUCAGCCUCGCAGGUGCUGCCUUUACACAUGACAUGGAAGUUACGUUCUACCCGGGAGAGGAGAGGGUUCAUAUCACUCAAACUGCUGAAGGACUUGACCCAGAAAACUAUCUGAGCAUUAAGACCAACAUUCAAGGCCAGGUGCCUUACGUCCCAGCAAAUUUCACAGCCCACAUCUCUCCCUACAAGGAGCUGUACCACUACUCGGACUCCACUGUGACCUCUACAAGUUCCAGAGACUACUCUCUGACUUUUGGUGCAAUCAACCAAACAUGGUCCUACCGCAUCCACCAGAAUAUCACUUACCAGGUGUGCAGGCACACCCCUAGACGCCCAUCCUUCCCCACCACCCAGCAGCUGAACGUGGACCGGGUCUUUGCCUUGUAUAAUGAUGAAGAAAGAGUGCUUAGAUUUGCUGUGACCAAUCAAAUUGGCCCAGUGAAAGAGGAUUCAGACCCCACUCCGGUGAAUCCUUGCUAUGAUGGGAGCCACAUAUGUGACACAACAGCACGGUGCCAUCCAGGGACAGGUGUAGAUUACACCUGUGAGUGCGCAUCUGGGUACCAGGGAGAUGGACGGAACUGUGUGGAUGAAAAUGAAUGUGCAACUGGCUUUCAUCGCUGUGGCCCCAACUCUGUAUGUAUCAACUUGCCUGGAAGCUACAGGUGUGAGUGCCGGAGUGGUUAUGAAUUUGCAGAUGACCGGCAUACUUGCGUCUUGAUCACCCCACCUGCCAACCCCUGUGAGGACGGCAGUCAUACCUGUGCUCCUGCUGGGCAGGCCCAGUGUGUUCACCAUGGAGGCAGCAUGUUCAGCUGUGCCUGCCUGCCUGGUUAUGCUGGCGAUGGGCACCAGUGCACUGAUGUAGAUGAAUGCUCAGAAAACAGAUGUCACCCUGCAGCUACCUGCUACAAUACUCCUGGUUCCUUCUCCUGCCGUUGUCAACCCGGAUAUUAUGGGGAUGGAUUUCAGUGCAUACCUGACUCCACCUCAAGCCUGACACCCUGUGAACAACAGCAGCGCCAUGCCCAGGCCCAGUAUGCCUACCCUGGGGCCCAGUUCCACAUCCCCCAAUGUGACGAGCAGGGCAACUUCCUGCCCCUACAGUGUCAUGGCAGCACUGGCUUCUGCUGGUGCGUGGACCCUGAUGGUCAUGAAGUUCCUGGUACCCAGACUCCACCUGGCUCCACCCCGCCUCACUGUGGACCACCACCAGAGCCCACCCAGAGGCCCCCGACCAUCUGUGAGCGCUGGAGGGAAAACCUGCUGGAGCACUACGGUGGCACCCCCCGGGAUGACCAGUACGUGCCCCAGUGCGAUGACCUGGGCCACUUCAUCCCCCUGCAGUGCCACGGAAAGAGCGACUUCUGCUGGUGUGUGGACAAAGAUGGCAGAGAGGUGCAGGGCACCCGCUCCCAGCCAGGCACCACCCCUGCGUGUAUACCCACCGUCGCUCCACCCAUGGUCCGGCCCACGCCCCGGCCGGAUGUGACCCCUCCAUCUGUGGGCACCUUCCUGCUCUAUGCCCAGGGCCAGCAGAUUGGCUACUUACCCCUCAAUGGCACCAGGCUUCAGAAGGAUGCAGCCAAGACCCUGCUGUCUCUGCAUGGCUCCAUAAUCGUGGGAAUUGAUUAUGACUGCCGGGAGAGGAUGGUGUACUGGACAGAUGUUGCUGGACGGACAAUCAGCCGUGCCAGUCUGGAACUGGGAGCAGAGCCUGAGAUGAUCGUGAAUUCAGGUCUGAUAAGCCCUGAAGGACUUGCCAUCGACCACAUCCGCAGAACAAUGUACUGGACGGACAGUGUCCUGGAUAAGAUAGAGAGCGCCCUGCUGGAUGGCUCUGAGCGCAAGGUCCUCUUCUACACAGAACUGGUGAAUCCCCGUGCCAUCGCUGUGGAUCCAAUCCGAGGCAACUUGUACUGGACAGACUGGAAUAGAGAAGCUCCUAAAAUUGAAACAUCAUCUUUAGAUGGAGAAAACAGAAGAAUUCUGAUCAAUACAGACAUUGGAUUGCCCAAUGGCUUAACUUUUGACCCUUUCUCUAAACUGCUCUGCUGGGCAGAUGCAGGAACCAAAAAACUGGAGUGUACACUACCUGAUGGAACUGGACGGCGUGUCAUUCAAAACAACCUCAAGUACCCCUUCAGCAUCGUAAGCUAUGCAGAUCACUUCUACCACACAGACUGGAGGAGGGAUGGUGUUGUAUCAGUAAAUAAACAUAGUGGCCAGUUUACUGAUGAGUAUCUCCCAGAACAACGAUCUCACCUCUACGGGAUAACUGCAGUCUACCCCUACUGCCCAACAGGAAGAAAGUAAGUACAGUAAUGUAAACGAAGACUUGGAGUUUACAAUCAGAACCUGGACCCUAAAGAACAGUGACUGCAAAGGCAAAGAAAGUAAAAAAGGAAUUGGCCAUUAGACGUUCCUUUAGUGCAAAAAGACUUUUGUGAAAAGUUGAUACCUCAAUCUUUACUACUGUAUUUUUAAAAAUGAAGGUUGUUAUUGCAAGUUUAAAAAAGUAACAGAAUUUUAACUGUUGCUUAUUAAAGCAACUUCUUAUAAACAUUUAUCAUUAAUAUUUAAAAGAUCAAAUUCAUUCAACUAAGAAUUAGAGUUUAAGACUCUAAACCUGAUUUUUGCUAUGGAUUCUUUCUGGCCAAGAAAUUAAAGCACAUGUGAUCAAUAUAUAAAAAUACAAUCCUAAACCUUGACAGUUGGAGAAGCCAAUGCAGAACUGAUGGGAAAGGACCAAUUAUUUAUAGUUUCCCAACAAAAGUUCUAAGAUUUUUUACCUCUGCAUCAGUGCAUUUCUAUUUAUAUCAAAAGGUGCUAAAAUGAUUCAAUUUGCAUUUUCUGAUCCUGUAGUGCCUCUAUAGAAGUACCCACAGAAAGUAUCACAUUUAUAAAUACCAAAGAUGUAACAAUUUUAAAAUUUUCUAGAUUACUCCAAUAAAAUGUUUUAAGUUUU